AUGCGCAAAAAAUCAUCGCUAAACCAGUGGUUACGGUCUGGUGUCGUUAAGCAAAAUACUAAGAACACACUUGAUUCCACCUUGGAUACCUUAUAUCAAAUUUGUCAACUAAACGUCACUCGCGAGUCCAUUUCACGUUCUCUCAAAGAUAUUCUUCAAACCGAUCUAACCUUCCGACAGGAGCAGCAAGAACACUCUAAAAUAUAUAAUUGGUUUCAGGAACGACAGAAAAAGCCAACUCCAAUUUCAAUCUUUAAAAAGACGCGUAUUUUUUCAUCUGCCAUCGGAUCUCAUUCAACUAUCAACAUUGCAAGCUCCCCUAACAACAUUACGAGUUCCCCUAACAACGUUGCAGGCUCUUCUAAUAACGUUGCAGGCUCUUCUAAUAACGUUGCAGAUUCCCCUAAUAACAUUGCAAGUACCCGUGAUUCCUCACCUCCACCUAUAAAACAGAGAUAUUCUUUCUCUGAAGCGGAGCAAGGUGCUGUGGUCGAAACUUUUUUAACGCUUGCGGAGAAGGCCAUUUACAACUUUCUCGUCAAAUAUGAAGACAAGCUUCCCGAUAUACUUGUAGAAAAUUUCGCUUCUAAACAGAACCCACCAGUCAGCAAAGAUUUCCGGGAUGCUGAUGUUCUGUGUAUGCUAAAAUUUAUAAUAGAAAAUAUUAAAAUAUUUUUGAAAGAAUCAGCAUUUCAUGGUUCUCAUAAAUCCAAACCUAUCGAACUACUAAAAGAUUUUAAAAAAGAUGUACGUCAUAAGAAUGCACAUGGGAUCGUUGAGAAUAAUAAAGGGCGUUGGUGUGAUCUUUCUCUGCAACGAGUUGUUCAUUUGACAUGUGAGGUAGUUACAUGUCUUGGCAGUGACUAUAAGGAGGUAUACGCUGCAAAGGAAAAGUUUGACGAUGAAAUCCUUAAACGAUGGUCAAGUAGAGCAGCGAGUGAUAUUUCUAAUCAAGCACCAUCAUCAUCAGAUUUUUUCACAAAUUUAAGAAACGGUAGUGACACGACUUCUUUGAAUAAUGAAACUUCUAAUCAAUCCAGAGCAUGUCCAUUGAAGCGAAAACUGGAUGACACAGACUUUGACCAGAUGACGGAUUUUGUGUUGGGUGUAUUUAAGAAGAUCAAAGAGAAGAAGACGGGUGAAAAACAAAAAAUCUUACAGUUGUCAUUGGAGAAAAACGAGACCUUGAUAAAAAUUUGGAGGAUGGCAAUUAUAAAGAGAACAUAUACAGAACAAAUAAAUAAAUUUGUUUUGUUCUCCAAUUCGAUGUUUAAUAUGAAUUUAAGCUUUAACACCGAAGACGCAGAUCAUGAUAGUGAUAGUGAAAAGGUUGUAUGA